AGCAUCAGUCCUACUCGGUACUGCUCACUCACCUUACAGCAACUGUCAACCGUUGCUAUUGAUUCCUCGUUGAAGAAUAACUUCCGAGGCCUUCGUUCUUCUUAACAACUCUUCACUUUAUAACCGUCUACCUCUUUAUCCUAUCACACUAAGAUGCAACCUACAUUCAUCCUCACCCGUACUUUCGCCAUCUGCGGCUUCCUCGUUGGCGCUAUCUCUGUGGCCCAUGCUGCGCCCGUACCAUAUGGAUCCCCGAGGAGCGCAGUUGACGUGCGGAGUCCGACACCUUUGUUUCCCAUCUCAUUCUCCGACGUCGUAGCAGCUGUGAAGGGAACUGUUGAGAAACGAGGACCAUUCAUGGGCGCCUGUAUCUUAGGAUGUCGUCGUGAUUCCGAAUCGGAGGAGGUUGCUGCUUCUGAAGAGAAACGCGAGCCUACGCCUAUGCCCAUACCGGAACCAGGUACAAACUAUGUUGGUGCCUGUGGCGCGGGUUGUCUUCGUGAGAUAGCUGAAGAAGUCACUGCAAUCGUCGAAGAGAAGAGAGAACCCGAACCUGAACCUGAACCGCAGCCCGAGCCUUACAUGGGUGCUUGCGUGAUGGGCUGCCGCCGAUCCGUCGAUGAACGUAGCGAUAUUGUGAGCGAGACAAUUGAACAUUUCACACCAAGCGGAAGCACACCUCUUGACAUUCUUGCGCGCGAGCCCCAAACCUGAUCCUUCUAUCCUCAAUCCCACCCACCAACGGACACCUCACAUUCUUUCCAUGGAUUAUUCACCUUCAAUCUCUUUCGAAGUGGUAACUAUUACCACGCCACAGUCGUUACCUGCACACUUCUUAUCUCGGCUGAUCCAUUGUAUCCAUUGCCUUCGCCCAUUGUAUUAACAGCGUCCAGUCUUCUUUUCUUAAUCGUGACCUGCUUUUCUCUGUGCCUUGCCGUGCAUACACGAUGGGAAUAUGGUUACACUUCUUGGUUUUUAUUGAUAUAUUUUAUUUCUUAUCCCGACCUCGCCCCUGCUUUGCCUUGUUGUCAAAAGUGUUGUUUUCUGUCGCACCCCCGCUAUCCCUCCGCAGUAUAUCGUAGUAGACUUCGUCCCCUUGUUACCCGACGUCCUUGGUAUUUACUUGAUAGAUCCCCUGAUGUGUACCUACAUUUGAAUAUUUCGACCGUUGUUCAUCCCGGUCAACCUUU